GAUUUGAGUGCUUGUCUUUCAUGUUUCUUCUGUAACUGCGAGGCUAGGGUUUCGAGUUUCUUGUGUAAAAAUCUUUGCAAAUCAGAAGCAUGGGGCACUCCAAUGUGUGGAACGCUCAUCCCAAGAACUAUGGACCUGGUUCCCGCGCCUGUCGCGUGUGUGGGAACCCUCAUGGAUUGAUCAGGAAGUACGGGCUUAUGUGCUGCAGGCAGUGCUUCCGUAGCAAUGCCAAAGAAAUUGGCUUCAUUAAGUAUCGCUAAAUGAAUACUGUCCUCCUUGCCCACCCAGUUUGGAUUCAGGCUUUAGGCUGAUGAUGUGGGGAUAUGCUUUUAUUGUUUCAAGAAUUUUAGAAUUUUUGUGGCAUUUAGCUAAAUUAAUCAUCAAACUCAAGUUGUGGAACUAAAAAUGUUUUUACAUUUUAUAUAAUUAUUUUGAGCUAUCUACAUGCUUCUUUGUGAGCCAUUUAUUCUUA